AUGUGUAAGCUGGUCAUCCUUCUCGUGGCGGCCGUGGUCAUCGCCGUCACUCGCGCUAAUCACCCGUGUCCGGUCAUCGGUGGCGGCUGCACGUGCGAGCGCAUUCUACACGACUAUCCGUACAUCACGUGUGACGGCCAGCAUACGACCAGCGAGCACGCGUUCGACGUGCUCGCAGCGCUACCUCGCAACAUCCUCUACGGACGCAUCGAGCUGCUCGGCUUUGAGGACAUGCACGAAGUUCCAUCGCUCGCCUUCGACGGGUUCAAGUUCGGCAAUGGCUGGAUCACGAUUCAUGACAGUCACGACCAAGGGAUGGCGCCACUGCUGUACGAUGACUCAUUCGCGGGCACCGAGCGGCUAGAGGUGCUCAUUCUUAGUCGACUUAGACUGACCGCUGUUCCCGCAGUCAUCUUCCCGUCCAUCGGAGACACCUUGGAAACGUUGAGCCUUGCCGGCAACGCGAUCACGAUACUACACAGGGAAGCCUUCGCGGCCUUACAGCAUGGUCACCUCCUCCACCUCGACCUUGCUGAGAACAACCUGAGAAAUAUCCACCCAUGGGCGCUCACUGGCUUGCCUGACCUGCAUACUCUCGACCUGACCUCUGCCGGUAUCGACAUCCUACAUCCGGGAACCUUCAGUGACGCCUGGCAGCUGGAGAUCCUAAAACUUGCCGGCAACAGUCUUGUGUCACUGCAACCGGGCGUGUUCGCUGGACUUCACCACGUUGAACACCUAGACUUCAGUGGCAGCCAGAUUGCUUGGGUGGGACCAGGCGCCUUUGAUGAUACCGAGGGCAUCCUGAGGGUGGAUUAG